AUGAAGAACGCUCUGCCGUCGCACCUUUCGCACCAAGCUGCGCUUGCUGUCAUCUUGCACGAGUCGAGCCCGCACUACGACGGCGUCCAGCGGGUCCGCGCGGCCCACGACAAGGCGUUCCAGCGCUGGCCGCCGCACAUCAACCUCCUGUACCCGUUCUUGAGCGCGCCGAGCGAGCAGCUGCCGAUGAUCGUCGAGCGCGCCAAGCUCCAGGCGGCGUUUCCCGAGUGCGACCAUGACAAGCGAGCGUUCGCACCGCACCUGACGCUGGGCCAAGCAGAGGGCGGAGUCCAGGCCACGGCGGCGCUGCGAAGCGCGAUGGAGGCCCAGCUGCUACCGCUGCCGCCGUGGGCCAUUGCGAGCGUCGUCGUCCUCGAGCGCAACGGACGCGACGACCCUUUCCGCGUCGUCCAUCAAGUGCCGCUGCGCGGGUAA